UGAACAAUCAGAACUGAACUACUUGAAGUAAACUCUGUAUACCAACUUCCACCUGCGAAGUAAUUAAAGUGUACACCUAUCUAUAUUUAUGUGUACUGGACCUCAUUUGAGAUAUUGGUUAAUAGCCCACAUGCUUAAUCCAAACGUUUAACAAUUAUUGUUCACUAAUGGAACACCUGCUGAAAGAUGCGUUAUACAUUCAUUCACUAUUAUGCCAAUUGCUUAUCUCGCAUUCGGUAUUUCUGAGCAAGGCAGUUUAAGAUGAGAUCCCUAAUGGAAAGUACCGAUUACAAUUUGUCAAUUGAAGCGCAUAACAAAACGAGUCUACAAUGGAUGUGGCAUCGGAUUACCCUCAGGAGACGAAGAGGGUUGAUCGUAUACCUACUUAAAUGUCUAUUCUAUGUGUAUGUUAUAUCUGUCACGGCGUUCCUAGUGUCAUUAAGUCUUCAAUCGACGACGUGUGAUUCACCCGGAUGUUCAAAUGAAGAGAUAUAUAAAGAUGGCGGUUUUCAGGAAAAGACUAAACCCGAAAGAGGAAUUUACCGCGAAGGACCAGGUGAUGGGAUCAACGAACCUCCUCUGACAAACACACCUGCUGGCAAGUACAGCAGAGCAGCUGUUGCUUCUGACCACCACAUCUGCUCAACCAUUGGAACAAACAUUUUGAAACAAGAUGGCGGCUCUUCAGUUGACGCUGCGAUUGCGACGUCACUUUGUCUCGGGGUAGUAAAUCCACAGAGCACGGGGAUAGGGGGCGGGGCUGUAGUAACUCUUUACGAUACUAAACAGAAAAAGGCGUUUUCUUUGUCCUGUCGACCAGAAGCACCUUCUGCAGCUUACUACACAUUAUUUAAAAGCUACCAAAAUCCCGAGAAGGGAUGCAGAAUAAAGAUUCCGAGUAACGCAAGUGACACAGGUAUAAUCAUUGGAGUCCCAGGGGAAAUCGCCUGCUAUAAGGAAAUGCACGACCUCUAUGGGAAGUUACCAUGGAAACAAUUGUUUGGCGCGACUAUCAAAUUAUGCAAAGGUGGCUUCCCGAUCGAAUGGGCUUUGGCUGCAAGUAUACAAGACAAGGGCGAUGAGAUCUUAAACUUACCAGGAUUGCGAAAGCAUUACACGGAUCCAACUACUGGCGAACUGAAGAAAGAAGGAGAUAUCCUUUACAUGCCUGAACUUGCUAAAACACUUGAACUCAUCGCUGAACGUGGUCCUGAUGCUUUCUAUCGAGGAGAAUUGGCUAAAGCAAUUGAAGAUGAAAUCAGAAUGGUUGGUGGCGUAUUAACUGCAGACGAUCUUAUGAGGUACAAAGUCGAAAUAAAACCAGCUUUGCAGACGACCUUGAGAAAUGGCGGACAUACAGUGUUUGGAGCACAUCCGCCUUCGGGGAACCUCGGUGUGAUGCAUAUUCUUAAAAUACUAGACGGGUAUGCUUUCACUGCGGAUGAUUUAACAACAACUGACCGAACUGUUCUGAUGCUACACAGAAUUAUAGAAGCCUUCAAAUUUACACUUCCAAAGACGAAACUUCUGGGAGACUACAGAUUUGAAAGAAUAGACGAGGUGGUGCAAGAUCUUCUCUCUGACAAAUAUGCAGAUUUAGUCAGAUCUAAAAUAUCUGACGAUGGAGUGCACUCGAAAGAAUUCUACGGCGAAACUCUCCCUGGUGUCGAGUCUCUGGGAACAACGCACAUGUCGGUUUACGGCGACGAUGGUAUAGCGGUGGCCAUAACAGAGACCAUAACGCAAGUUUUUGGCUCAAAAAUAUUAGGAGAAACUACAGGAAUGCUUUAUAAUAGCGUUAUGGUUGACUUUUCACUUCCUGGUGCAAAGUCCAUGGGAGGGGAACCUUGUGAACCUGCGUCAGCUUUAAUACCAGGGAAACGACCAAUGACGAUGAUGAGUCCAACAAUUGUUGUUGACAGUGAGGGCGUCGUUAGUCACGUGAUCGGUGCGUCAGGGGGAGGAAAGCUAACAGCGGCUGUUGUGAACACUGUCGUUAGGAACCUUUGGCUUGGCCAAUCAAUACAAAAAGCUGUGGAAUAUCCACGAAUAAUCGUUAUGCAUCGAGAUAAAAGUAUAUUCAUAGAGAAAUCAUUUCCUAAGAAAUAUAUUGAUGGUCUUAUUAAGAAGGGGCAUACUAUAACAAUACAAGACACCGCGUCUGGGGCAUGUCAAGCGAUACAUAACACCAAGAAUGGAACGCACCCGAUUCACGCAUACUCGGACUUCAGGAAAGAUGGACUGACAGAUGGCUUCUAG